UAGAACUUCAAUCUUUUCUAUUAACUCCCACACCCACUUCCCGGAAUUCUCUCUAAAACUAAAUCCAUCACCCUCUCAGUUAAAACACUCAGUCACAUCAAAAUUGAACUUCAUUGACGGAGAAUAAAAAUUGAACUUCAAACGCCAGGCCGCUUCACCACUGCAACCGCCGGAAAACAACGAAUCGCCUCACCACUGCAACCGCCGGAAGCAGAUUUAGCGAUAAAAGGAGCCUAAUCCCGGGUAUGAUUUUCCAAAAGGUGUUAUUUUGGUUGCAGAUCGGUUGUCUACAAGAAAGGACAAUGACAUCAUCAUAUUGCCCUACAAUCCCGGAAGACAUUGGGUUUUGGCAGUUUUGGACAUGAAAACAUAUACUUGCUAUUAUCUUGAUUCUAUAAGGAAUAGCACAAUCAAUUCGAUGUUGAGGCAAAUUAUUGAUGCGGCAAUGGCCUUGUAUGCUAUACAAACUGUCAAUUGGGUUAAGGCUAAGUGUCCAUAUCAGACGGGAGGUACUGAAUCUGGCUAUAAUGUGUUGAAAUUCAUGAAAGAGGUGGUUGAAGAAGGAAUUGAAAUACUAGCCAAUGGCAACGAUGAGGAUAUUGAUGGAAUACGUGAAGGUGUUCGAGUUAUGGGGCAACUUUGUUUUCAAGUGACUAUUUUAGAUGUUGAAGUAUGUACGAUAAAUAGUAUUUUUUUUGUUAACUUAAGAUAUUUGAAUUAUAUUUUACAUAUGACUAUGAAAUGAAUUGCUUUGGUUUUUGUGUA